UCAUAGCUUUUUUUUUCCAAAUAACAAUACUCUGCUAUUUUCUUGUUCUUGCAACCCCUUAUAAUACGACGCUGUUUUGCCGCGUCCAAAUUCUAUUUUUAGGUUUUUCCCCAUCUCUAUUCCACCAAUUAAGAGUCUGAAUUUCGCAAGAUUUUUCCAAGAGAAGUAGAGGUUGUGGGGGAAUCAUCAAUUUUGAUAUACUUAUUUUGCUGUUAGAAAGACUCUUGAUGAAUGUGGAGUAACCUAUUUAUCUUAUAUGCUGCCAUUGAUAGUUAAUUGUCUGCUUAGGUUUGUCCAAUAAUGGCUGCUGCUGGUUCUUUGCAAUUGUCUCAUUAUUUAGGGACUUGCAAGAACCAUGAGCGCCUUAAGAAAUAUUCACCUGUACAGAAUACAAUAGGAAGGAGCAGUUGGCGUUCUUGCUGCACGAGUUUGUCAUCUUUAUCAUCGCGGCAGGACUCUUGGAGUAUCCAUCACGUAAGAGGAUUGCAAGUGAAGAAACAUGUGCUCCCAUAUAGAAGCCAUUCGUUCAAGUGUAAUUCUUUCCUAAAACCAGAGCAAGCUUUUGACAUUUCUUCUGUAAAGAAUGCUGCUAUUAUACUGAAAAGGUCAUACAAUAGCUUACAAGGCAGCCCACUUAUGCUUAAGUUGCUUCCAGCAAUUGGAAUCCUUGCUUUUGCAAUUUGGGGUCUUGCGCCGCUACUGCGUCAAAGUAGAAACAUACUCCUCCAUAAGAGCGAUAACAGCUGGGGAAAGAGUGGUACAUAUCAUGUAACGACCUUUUAUCUUCAACCUUUGCUGUUGUGGACUGGGGCAAUGCUUGUCUGCAGAGCAUUGGAACCCAUGGUGCUACCCACAGAAGCUAGUCAAAUUGUUAAACAACGACUUCUGAAUUUUAUAAAAUCUUUGUCUACUGUGCUAGCCUUUGCAUAUUGUUUGUCCAGUGUUAUUCAACAAGCACAGAAGUUAUUCAUGGAGACAAGUGAUGCAAAUGAUACUAGAAAUAUGGGCUUCCAAUUUGCUGGUAGAGCUGUGUAUACUGCAGUCUGGGUCGCAGCUGCGUCAUUGUUCAUGGAGUUGCUAGGUUUCUCUACACAGAAAUGGUUAACUGCGGGAGGACUUGGUACUGUCUUGCUGACACUUGCUGGACGUGAGAUAUUCACGAAUUUUCUUUCAAGCAUCAUGAUCCAUGCCACACGUCCAUUUGUCCUUAAUGAAUGGAUUCAAACCAAGAUUGAAGGCUAUGAAGUUUCUGGCACAGUUGAGCAUGUGGGCUGGUGGUCCCCCACAAUCAUAAGAGGCGAGGAUCGAGAAGCUGUUCACAUUCCAAACCACAAGUUUACGGUUAAUGUUGUCAGAAAUCUGACUCAGAAAACUCAUUGGCGUAUUAAAACUCACCUAGCCAUCAGUCAUUUGGAUGUCAGUAAGAUAAAUAAUAUUGUAGCUGACAUGCGCAAAGUUUUGGCGAAGAAUCCCCAAGUUGAGCAACAGAGGUUGCACAGAAGAGUAUUCCUGGAGAACGUCAACCCUGAAAAUCAAGCCCUGUUGAUCUUGAUAUCCUGCUUUGUCAAGACGUCACACUUCGAAGAAUACUUGUGUGUCAAGGAAGCUAUUUUGUUAGAUCUUCUCAGAGUCAUUCGACAUCACCGAGCUCGGCUUGCCACUCCCAUCCGUACGGUUCAGAAAAUAUAUAGUGAUGCUGACUUGGAAAACAUACCAUAUGAUUCUGCAUUCAACCGUGGAGCAGCAUCAACUCGUCCAUUGCUACUGAUUGAGCCAUCUUAUAAGAUCAACGGGGAAGAUCGCACUAAAGGUCGACCAAUUCGUGUGAAUGGUGAAGAAGACACCAAGGAAAAGGCUACCACGAAAUCGGCACCUGAUAGCAAGGUUGAGACGAAGAGCGGACCUGCAUCUGAUUCUAAAGUCAAAGAAACAGUUCCAGCUAACUCUCAUGGUAAAGAUGUGCCAAUUUCUGAAUUGAAACUUGAUCCCAAAGUUGACAAAGUGGCACAUACUGAAACCAAAGAUGACAUUAAAACACCGUCUGAUCCAAAAUCGAGUAAGGUGACAGUGAAAGCCACCUCAAAACCUAUCUCCAAAGCUGAUUCAAAGUCUGCAGAAGCACCAACUAUUGAUUCCAAAGAUCUCUCAGAGAACAGCUAUAGCAACAAGCAAGAUAAGAGAAAUACAGUUGAUAAUUCUGCAGUUUCUCCAUCAUCAGAUGUAAGAGAGAAAACAGUCGGUGUCUCAUCUACUUCACAAUCUAAACGAGAGGAUGAAAGGACAGCAGCUCCACAACCAUCUGUAUCAUCAAAACCUGCAUUGGAAGAGAACAUUGUUCUUGGUGUUGCUCUGGAGGGUUCGAAGAGAACUCUUCCAAUUGAAGAAGAGAUGUCGCCGCCACCAAAUCCAACGGAGUCCAAGGAAUUGGCUACUAGCCGUAGUAGUAGUAGUAAUGCUUCUACCGUUGCAGAGAAAGAUAAACAAGAUGGUCAGCGUUCAAAUCGCCCUAAUUCUGCAGCUCCCGAUCAGUCAGGCAAAAGGCCCUCUACUGGCAAUUGACCCUGCCUAUGUUUUCACUAACCGUGUGAAACUAAUUCUUAGUCAUCACUACCAGAUUUGAUGUUUAAGGUACAUUGAGAUAGUUGUCUUGAUGUCCAUGUUGGUGAAGUAUUUAGCCGAUCACUCCAGUAUAAAAAUGGAGAAAUUAUAGGGCUUAAUCAUGUUAGUUUAGUGGUUGUGGAUGUAUGUAUUAUAUUUAUUAGUAUGUUUCCAAUUUGACCGCAGUAGCAAAAUAUUUGGUUAUUGACCAGCUCGAGCAACUUCUAUAGGAGCUGUCAUUUCUCAUUUAUGUUGGUUAGCAGCACAGGAGUUGUCAUUUC